AUGGUUGCAGCCAAACUAAAGACCGACAAGUGGGAAGUGGCCAUAGUCUCGGUUUACUUCGAAGACACCCAGCCUCUUGAACCAUAUCUAGAAAAGCUGAGGAAUAUCAUGGAAAAGCUUAACACCAGAUGCGUCGUAAUAGGAGGAGACUUCAAUGCGUGGAGUACCUGGUGGGGAAGUGUGAGAGAAAACCCUCGAGGAGAGGAGCUAAGGGGUACUUUCGACGAACUGGAUCUCCAUAUCCUUAACGUGGGGAACACGCCCACCUUUGACACCAUCAGAGGAGGAAAGAUCUUUCAGAGCUGCGUGGACAUCACGAAAAGAAACAAAGUCAACUUACCGUGGUGGACCGUAGAGCUGGGGGAACUGAAGAAGGACUCUCUUCGGAAGAAGAGAAGGAUAUCCUGGGCUGCUCCCCGCCGUAGAAAACACGCCGUCGACGAGUACCUGGAAGCAAAAGAGAGAUAUGAACUGGAGGCUGCAAAGGCACAGACGAGCAGUUGGAAGGAGUUCUGCUCGAAACAAGAUCGCGAAAGCCUCUGGGAUGGCAUAUACAGAGUAAUCCGGAACACAGCACAAAGGAACGAAGACCAGCUGUUGGUGGGGGAGGGCGUGGUCCAGAGUCCGGAAGAGUCAGUUAAGCUACUGGCAGCCACAUUCUUCCCCGAAGACUCGUCGGAAGGGGAAAAUGCGGGACAUGCCCAGAUUCGAGCGACUGCAAAUAUCAUCGAAGCUGAGCACCCGGGCGAUGGGUCGGACCCUCCCUUUACAAAGGCUGAACUCGUAUAUGCCAUGAACAGCUUUAAUCCCAAGAAGGCACCAGGACCGGAUGGUUUCACGGCCGACAUCUGUGUAGCAGCGAUAACAGCCAAUGCACAAGUAUUCCUGGGCCUAAUCAACAAGUGUAUGGAACUCUCGCACUUCCCGGCGGCUUGGAAGGAGGCAACAGUGGUGGUACUACGCAAACCUGGCAAGUCUGACUACACCAACCCCAAAUCAUACCGACCGAUUGGGCUACUCUCAGUCCUGGGGAAGGUGAUGGAAAAAAUGAUGAUCAGAAGGAUCAGGUGGCACACCCUACCCAGGAUGAAUACCAGACAGUACGGCUUCGUCCCCCAGCGCUGUACGGAAGACUCCCUCUAUGACUUGCUCCAGCAUAUAAGACGCAAUAUUAGCGAUCACAAAAUUAAUAUAGUAAUAUCUCUGGACAUAGAGGGGGCUUUUGACAGCGCUUGGUGGCCAGCCAUUAAGACCCAGCUCAAGGAGAAAAAAUGCCCGCCAAAUCUCCGGAAGUUGGUCAAUAGUUACCUAAGCGACAGGAAGGUCACGGUCAGAUAUGCCGGAGAAGAAACCACAAAAUGCACAAACAAGGGCUGCGUACAGGGUUCCAUCGGUGGUCCUACCUUUUGGAACCUAUUACUGGAUCCGCUAUUGAACGAACUGGAGAGCAGGGGUGUAUACUGUCAAGCUUUCGCCGAUGAUGUGGUCCUGGUAUUCUCUGGCCAUUCAGUCUCUGCCCUUCAGGAACAGGCGAAUGACACUCUCGAACAUGUGCAGGGAUGGGGACAGCGUAAUAAACUGAAAUUUGCCCCACAUAAAACCAACGCAAUCAUCAUCACCAACAAGAUGAAGUUUGAAAUCCCAUCCCUGCACAUGGGCGACACCGCCAUACGGCUUGUAGAGGAAAUAAAAAUACUGGGUCUCACUAUAGACCACAAAUUAACUUUCAACACGCAUGUUGCAAAUAUUUGCCGGAAAGCAACAAACCUCUACAAGUUGUUGGCGAGGUCAGCAAAAAUAUCAUGGAGACUGAACCCGGAGGUGAUCAGGACCAUAUACAUGGCAGUAAUUGAGCCAACCAUACUCUACGCAGCAAGUGUCUGGGCCGCGGCGGCGGCAAAAAUAACAGUGCAAAAACAACUGAACGCAAUACAAAGAGGAUUUGCACAAAAAAUCUGCAGGGGUUACCGCACGGUCUCAUUAAACGCAGCCCUAAUUAUAGCCGGCAUCCUCCCCUUGGACCUUCGGGUGCAAGAGGCGGCGAAACUCUAUGAGGCGAAGCGAGGGAGACCCCUAGAACACCUGGACGGCGGGUACCUGGCAGAUAGGGAAAUCGAAGAAAAGGAGUGCUUCCUGAAGGUCAUGCAUCCGGCCAGCGAGGAAGACAUAGAAUUCCAAUGCCUCGAAAAUACCGACCCCCAGACAUUGGAAGAGUACCAUAUAACUGGAAGUAUGAUAUUCACCGAUGGAAGUAAAAUUGGGGGUAAGGUAGGGGCGGCUCUUUCUCGCUGGCUAGGUGGCAGAGAAGUAGAGCACAAAAAAUUUAAACUAGAGCCCUACUGCUCCGUAUUUCAAGCGGAACUCUUCGCGCUGUGGAGGGCAGUGGAGAUGGCAUCAGCUCACGAGGUAACUAACAUCCUCAGCGACUCCCGCUCCUCCCUUGAACUCCUGAAAAACCGGAAAGAGCUCCAUCCCUUAGCUGUCAAAAUACGGAAAACUCUAAGAGAAAUACGCGCAAAGGAUAAGACAGUAAAACUCUUCUGGAUAAGGGCUCAUGUGGGGGUAGCGGGAAAUGAACGGGCAGAUGAGCUGGCCAAGGAAGCUGCGCUCAAACUGAAGGUAAAGUCCCACUACGACCGAUGCCCUACCUCAUUCGUGAAGAAUAAGAUAAGACAUUUAACAAUCGCGAAGUGGGACCAGAGAUACCAAGAAGGUAAAACAGCAGAGACCACGAAGGUCUUCCUCCCGGAUGCAAAAACAGCGUACCGCUUCGUGAGGAAGGCUAGGUUCACACCGACAAUGGUGCAAGCACUGACGGGACAUGGAGGCUUUGCGGACUACCUCUGCAGAUUUAAAUUGAGGACCGAAGCGGGAUGCUUCUGCGACCCAGACACAAAGCAGGACAUCUGGCAUAUCCUUUUGGAUUGCCCAAAAUUUGGUAGGAAGAGAUUCGAUUUGGAGAUGCAGAUAGAUAUGCAUCUCAAAAAAGAGAAUCUUAACGCAAUUCUUAUGGAUAGCAGUAGUAGAGUUCCGUUUACAAACUUUUUCGUGAACCCCGAAGCCCUCCACCCUCUUGCCGUGGAAUCUAGAGACGCCAUUUACCGCAGUAGCAUCCAGAACAAGAGCGUCUCCUUGUUCUGGAUUAAAGCUCACGCGGGGUUGGAGGGUAACGAGAGAGCCGACUCGCUCGCAAAGGAGGCUGCCCUAAAGUCGAAACGCAAGCCGGACUACGAUAUGUACCCGGUAUCAUUCGUCAAACGCUUUAUCCGCAUGGAUACGCUUGACGAAUGGAACCGGAGAUACAGCACGGGGCACACAGCGUCCACCACCAAGCUGUUUUUCCCGAGUGCGGUUGAGGCGUACAGGACGGUACGCAAGCUGAGUAUCACCAAGGAGUUGACCCAGGCUCUAACGGGGCACGGUGGGUUCUCCGAGUAUUUGACUCGCUUCAAAUGCAAGGACAACCCAGCGUGCGCCUGCGACCCUAGCGUAGCUGAAAAUGUUUCCCACUUACUGUUAGACUGUCCUGUUCACGGCCAAGACCGAUUUGAUGUAGAGCAGCGUACCGGCCUCAAAAUGGAAGCCGGAAACCUGGAAAUAUUACUAAGCUGUAAAAAAUACCGUGACAUAUUUGUGGAUUAUGUUGUAAAAAUUGUCAGACAUGUAAAUAGUCGAAAUAGUUAA